GUCAAGACCGUAUUAAAUAAAUAUUUAGUCUUAUUAUCUAUAUUGAAUUUACAUACAUGUUUACGAUUUUGUUUAUAUAAGUGAUUGAUGAAGUUACAUUCAGAAAUACUUACUAGUUGUAAGUUAUAUCAAGGUACCACACUGACAGCUGUUAAACGUCAGUAGAUGGCGGACUGAUGUUACUCAGCUGUUUUUUCUAUGGUCUACUACUACGUUUUUAAUACGCAAUGACCAUUCUGAUAUUUUGUUACUGAUUAUGGAUCACAAUAAUCGAGCACAAGCGAACAAUUAAACACAUUCUAUAUUUUCAAUUUAAAGUUAUGACUUCAAAAUUUCUCAAGUUCAUUUGCAUCUCUUCUCCUCAACAAUAUUUUAUAUGGGCAAUCUGAAUGACAAGCAUUCAGAUGUCAAAAAUUCGGAAUCGACUCCUAAAACAGUAAACACAACGAGGAAAUAUUUCAGCCAGCUAAGCCUGAACAGCCUUACAAACAGUUUCAGCAGGAAAUCUAAUAUCAGUGUACGUUCUGUUAAUACUGGAGAAAGAACAUAUACUUCUAGAUCUGUAUCAUUUUGGCCUAAAACCAGUGAGCUGCCUAAAAAUUUACAAGAAAGUAAAACCACAUGGCCUGUUCGUCGAAUUGAGGCAUUAUUUCUUCCUGAAUUUGCAUAUAAAGAAAGUUUAAUAAACUCAAAUUACAAAUUUAUUGAAUUCAUUUCUAAAGGUGCUUUUGGAGCUGUACAUAAGGUUAAGAAUAUUUUAGAUGGAACAGAAUACGCACUGAAAAUUUUAUCUAAAGCUAAAGUUAUAGAGGAAGCUAGUGUGCAACAAGUCAAGGACGAAGUUCGUAUACAAAGAUCUAUCGGUCAUCAUAAAUUUAUUGUGAAUUGCAUAUUGCAAUGGCAAGAUAAACAUCAUCUGUAUAUAGUUAGUAAUUAUAUUCCUGGUGGCGAAUUAUUCCAACUUUGUCAUAGAUUAAAGCAAUUUCCUGAAGAUCUUGUGAAAGUGUUAACAGCUGAGAUUGCAAUCGCCCUUGAUUUCUUGCAUAAUGCUGGUAUAAUAUACCGAGAUUUGAAAGCUGAAAAUGUUUUACUAGAUGCACUCGGCCAUAUUAAACUUAUUGACUUUGGAUUAUCCAAAUGGCUGAGUUUUGGUGAUAGGACAUACACUCGCUGUGGAACACCUCUUUAUAUGGCACCAGAAAUUUACACUGGCGAAGGCUAUGGGUAUGCAGUUGACUGGUGGUGUCUUGGUGUGCUCUGCUGUUACCUGAUGACUAAUGAGAUAAUACUAGAAUGA